UCUUCCCUCGCCCGUCUUCUUUCCCCGACUAGAUCUAGGAGAUUCUAACAGAGAGGAAUGGCGGUGGGAUCAAUGCGGUGUUCCCUAUUGCUAGUUCUUGGGCAUUUGGUGAUCAUUGCCGGAGGCAUGGGGUGGUUCGGAGGCGACACCGUGUCCGCUUCGAGAAUUGGAGCAGCGGCGACGGACGUGGCGAGAAAGAGCUCGAGAGCGAAGGCGGCUAACGAGUCCUUCCCUGCGGCCAGGAGUACUGCUGGGCGAGAAGCGAGGGUGGGAGCCGUGGACGAUCCAGAACUGGUCGCAUCCGAAGUGGACAUGAUGAUAAGCAACAGCACGUCCCGUCGGGCCCUCGGAUACUUGUCGUGCGGAACCGGGAACCCCAUCGACGACUGCUGGCGCUGCGACCCCGAGUGGCACCGCCACCGCAAGCGGCUGGCCGACUGCGGUAUCGGGUUCGGCCGCAACGCGAUCGGCGGCCGCGACGGCCGCUUCUACGUGGUGACCGACCCCGGGGACGACGACCCCGUCAACCCACGCCACGGCACACUCCGCUACGCGGUUAUCCAGGAGGAGCCCCUCUGGAUCGUGUUCAAGCGCAGCAUGGUCAUCACCCUCAAGCAGGAGCUCAUCAUGAACAGCUUCAAGACCAUCGACGGCCGCGGCGUCGACGUCCACAUCGCUAACGGCGCCUGCAUCACCAUCCAGUUCGUCACCAACAUCAUCAUCCACGGCCUUCACAUCCACGACUGCAAGCCCACCGGGAACGCCAUGGUCCGCAGCUCCCCCUCCCACUAUGGUUGGAGGACGAUGGCCGACGGGGACGCGGUGUCCAUGUUCGGGGCGAGCCAUAUCUGGGUCGACCACAACUCUCUGUCCAACUGCGCCGACGGCCUCGUCGAUGCAAUUAUGGGAUCCACCGCCAUCACCAUCUCCAACAAUUACUUCACCCACCACAACGAGGUGAUGCUUUUGGGCCACAGUGAUUCUUAUGUCAGGGACAAGGCCAUGCAAGUUACCAUCGCCUACAACCACUUCGGCGAAGGUCUCAUUCAAAGAAUGCCAAGGUGCAGGCAUGGCUACUUCCAUGUGGUGAACAACGACUACACCCAUUGGGAGAUGUACGCCAUCGGUGGAAGUGCCGACCCGACCAUCAACAGCCAAGGCAAUAGAUACCUUGCCCCCGUCGACCAGUCUGCCAAGGAGGUCACCAAGAGGGUGGACACGGAUGAAAGUGAGUGGAAGGGUUGGAAUUGGAGAUCAGAGGGUGACCUGUUGCUGAACGGUGCCUACUUCACCCCCUCCGGAGCUGGAGCCUCUGCGAGUUAUGCCAAGGCCUCCAGCCUGGGAGCCAAGUCCUCGUCCAUGGUCGGCUCCAUCACUUCUGAUGCGGGCGCUCUAAACUGCCGCAGGGGCUCCCAUUGCUGAUGCAAUACCUUUGAUGAUGAUUUAAGGUUUCUAUUUCAAGACAGAGGAUAAAGAAACCCGUCAUAUUAGAGCUGCACCAAACCCUUCACCCAUUCUCAACCUCCCCUGCUUCCGCUAUAACAUAGUCCGUGGAUCAGGUGGCAGCGUUGCUGAUUGUUUUGUUUUCUUCUUCCUUCUUUUUUUUUUUUUUUCUUUCCCCCACUGCAACUCCUUUGUCUCUAUAGUGCAUUUUACUUACUACGCAAUAUCAUGUACUACUAAUUUAUCAUCUUUUAAUAUCUAUGGUUAGCUCCGGUAGCUUGUUGUAAUAGAUACUAGAAAUAUUGAUGA